CUGUAGAAGCACAGUUUAGGAAGAGUCCAGACGGUUCUAGAAGCUGAGGAUUUCUCGAAGACGUUCAGCUGGUAUAAAACCUUGCCAGUUGUCCUCCUCCUCCCCAUCUUUGCCGUUAGUUGUCUGGGUUGUGUUUGGUCGGGGACCAACUUCUGAAGAAGAGUACAGGGACAUUUCCAUCCACAGUAAGAUGCCGGAAGCCCAUGACGCUCCGAUGGAGGAGGAGGCAGAGACCUUUGCCUUCCAGGCUGAGAUCGCCCAGCUGAUGUCCCUGAUCAUCAACACCUUCUACUCCAACAAAGAGAUCUUCCUUAGGGAGCUCAUCUCCAACUCCUCAGAUGCUCUGGACAAAAUCCGCUAUGAGAGCCUGACAGACCCGACCAAGAUGGACUCUGGCAAGGACCUGAAGAUCGAGGUCAUUCCCAACAAGGAGGAGCGCACCCUGACCCUGGUUGACACAGGCAUCGGCAUGACCAAGGCCGACCUGAUCAACAACCUGGGAACCAUCGCUAAGUCUGGCACCAAGGCCUUCAUGGAGGCCCUGCAGGCUGGAGCUGACAUCUCUAUGAUCGGGCAGUUCGGUGUGGGUUUCUACUCCGCCUACCUGGUGGCUGAGAGGGUGACUGUCAUCACCAAGCACAACGAUGAUGAGCAGUACAUCUGGGAAUCCUCUGCUGGCGGAUCCUUCACUGUCAAAGUCGACACAUCAGCUGAGUCUAUUGGUCGUGGCACCAAGGUGAUUCUGUACCUGAAGGAUGACCAGACAGAAUAUUGUGAGGAGAAACGGGUCAAAGAAAUCGUAAAGAAGCACUCCCAGUUCAUCGGAUACCCCAUCACACUCUUUGUGGAGAAGGAGCGCGACAAGGAAGUGAGUGAUGAUGAGGCAGAGGAGGAGGAGAAGGAGAAGAAGGAUGGGGAAGGAGAGGAGGACAAACCUGAUAUUGAGGACGUAGGCUCAGACGAGGAGGAUGACCAUGAUCAUGGCCAUGACGGCGCAUGUGGGGACAAGAAGAAGAAGAAGACGAAGAAGAUCAAGGAGAAGUACAUUGACCAGGAGGAGCUGAACAAGACCAAGCCCCUUUGGACUCGUAACCCUGAUGACAUCACCAAUGAGGAGUACGGAGAGUUCUACAAGAGCCUGACCAAUGACUGGGAGGAACACCUGGCUGUCAAGCACUUCUCAGUGGAGGGCCAGCUGGAGUUCCGUGCACUGCUCUUUGUGCCUCGCCGCGCGCCCUUUGACCUCUUUGAGAACAAGAAGAAGAAGAACAACAUCAAGCUGUACGUCAGGAGGGUCUUCAUCAUGGACAACUGUGACGAUCUGAUCCCUGAGUACCUCAACUUCAUCAAGGGUGUGGUGGACUCUGAGGAUCUCCCCCUGAACAUCUCCAGAGAGAUGCUGCAGCAGAGCAAAAUCCUCAAGGUGAUCCGCAAGAACCUGGUCAAGAAGUGUAUCGAGCUUUUCACAGAACUCUCAGAGGACAGAGAGAACUACAAGAAGUACUACGAGCAGUUCUCCAAGAACAUCAAGCUGGGUAUCCAUGAGGACUCUCAGAACCGUAAGAGGCUGUCAGACAUGCUGCGCUACUACACCUCAGCCUCAGGGGACGAGAUGGUCUCCCUGAAGGACUACGUCACACGCAUGAAGGACACCCAGAAACACAUCUACUACAUCACAGGCGAGACCAAAGACCAGGUGGCCAACUCCGCGUUCGUGGAGCGCCUUCGCAAGGCCGGCCUGGAGGUGAUCUACAUGAUUGAACCCAUUGAUGAGUACUGUGUCCAGCAGCUGAAGGAGUACGAUGGCAAGAACCUGGUCUCUGUGACCAAGGAGGGUCUGGAGCUGCCUGAGGAUGAGGACAUGAAGAAGAGACAGGAAGAGCAGAAGUCUCAGUUUGAGAACCUCUGCAAGAUCAUGAAGGACAUCCUGGAGAAGAAAGUUGAGAAGGUGAGGACGCUUAAUCACACACUGCUUACACAGAUAUCAUGUUGCUGA